GUAUUCCAGUUCCAGGUCCAGGCAUGCUCAAGCAGCCAAGCACUCAUCUCAUCCCCUCCAAGCAAUUGAUUCCAGAUCCCAAAGCUCCAAAAAUUCCACUCCCGAAAAGCCCAUAAAACCCCAUGACUCUCUCUCUCUUUCUCUCACCCUGUCUUCCUCACUCCCAAGAGAAGCCAGCCAAGCCAAACCUGCCAAAGGCGACAUUUUUCUCAUGGACUCCGGCGCAGCCACCGCCACCCGAGAGCGCCACCCGCCGCCCUCGCCGGUGCUGAUGCAGAUGUCGAUGCCCCAGGCAUCGGCAGACCCGUCUAACACAUUCCCGACAACGUUCGUCCAGGCCGACACCAACUCCUUCAAGCAGGUGGUCCAGAUCCUCACCGGCACGCCGGAGACCGCCGAGGCCGCGGCGUCGAGCGGGGCCCAGGCGCCGCCUCCAGCCCAGCAGAAGCCAGCGCUCACGCCCCCGGGGCCCAAGAAGCCGGCUUUCAAGCUCUACGAGCGGCGGAGCAGCAUGAGGAGCCUCAAGAUGCUCUGCCCCCUGCUCCCGGCCUUCGCCGCCGGCGACUCCGUGGAAGGCUUCUCCCCGCGCGGGUUCUCGCCUCGCGGGAUCGAGCUGCUGUCGCCCAGCAUGCUGGACUUCCCGUCGCUAGCACUCGGGAGCCCCGUCACGCCGCUGCCGCCGCUGCCGGGCUCCCAGGAGGCUGCGGCCGCCGAGGACCGCGCCAUCGCCGAGAAGGGGUUCUACCUCCACCCGUCCCCGCGUGGCAAUGCCGGCGCCGGCAGCGACCUACAGCCGCCUCCCAGACUGCUCCCGCUCUUCCCCGUGCAGUCGCCGACCGCCCGGCCGUGACCCGCUUCUUGUUCUUGGCUUCCCACUCUCUUCCUCUAGGGUCUAGGCGGCUCGCUCUUGCUCUGUAUGCUCUGCUACUCGCUGCUGAUCACGGCACUCCUCAAGGUUGAGGACGACCACCUGAUCUAUGGAUGAUUUGCUCCCCUCGCCUCCCCCCUGUCAUGGCCUUUGGGAUGAUGAUUCCUAUAUGUCCAGUCCCCAUGUUGUAAUUUUGGUGUUUGUAACAGUAAUUCGGCGCAUAAGAGGGAUU